AGUGGGGCUGCGGGCGGCCGCAUGCAGUUGGCGGGCGCGCGGCCGUUGGGAGUGGUGGGCCUGUGAUAUUCGGCCCUCCCUGGUGGCAUGGGGCGGUUACGCUGGCAGGCGGUGGCGGUGGUGGCCGUGGGCCUCGCGCUCGCCCUGGAGGCGCUGCCCUCAGCCCUGCGUUGGUGGUGGGCCGGGCGGCGGCGGAGGCCACGGCACGAAGUUCUCUUCUUUCCCUCGCAAGUAACCUGCACGGAGGCCCUGCUGCGGGGGGCGGGCCCGGGGCCCUCGGCACCCCCAGCGGGCUGCCGGUGCGGCCUGCCCCACGGCGAGAGCUCCCUGAGCCGCCUCUUGCGCGCCUUGCUGGCUGCCCGCGUGAGCCUGGAGCUUUGCCUCUUCGCUUUCUCCAGCCCGCAGCUGGGCCGGGCAGUGCAACUGUUGCACCAGCGCGGGGUGCGCGUCCGUGUUGUCACUGACUGCGACUACAUGGCACUCAAAGGCUCGCAGAUCGGCCUGCUUCGCAAGGCAGGUAUUCAGGUGCGACAUGACCAGGACCUGGGCUACAUGCACCACAAGUUUGCAAUCGUGGACAAGAAGGUGCUGAUCACCGGCUCCCUCAACUGGACCACACAAGCCAUUCAGAACAAUAGAGAGAAUGUUUUGAUUAUGGAGGAUGAAGACUAUGUAAGGCUUUUUCUGGAAGAAUUUGAGCAUAUUUGGGAAGAGUUUAACCCUACAAAGUAUACUUUUUUCCCACAAAAGAAGAGAAGUCACUGAAGCUGUGCUGUCACCUCUAUCUUGAGUUGGAGGGGGAGAGGUGUUUAAUGUCGCAGAACUUUUGUUACCACCAGUUGAAACCAGAGCAGAUCUACAAGGAACAGGACCCGACUGGCUGGUGUCCACCCAGAGCUGCUGUGAGCUACGGUGGCAGAUUCUGCAUUCUGUUUGAGAGAGACCCUAACAUUGUAUAAAAGAUUGUUCAGACUGAAUGAUUCUUCAUUAAAAUACUGAAGUGAACUAAAGAGAGUUUAGUGUUAAAAAGGAGAAGGAAAUUUCUUUAGCAUCAGGUCAGUUGUUCUGGACUGAACUUUGGUUUUUCCUUCCACCCAAAGUAAAUGCAGCCAUAGCUGCUUGUACUCUUGCAGGUACCUUGCCUGGUGCCUGGGUUGAGAACAGAUGGCUUUCUCUCCUGCAGCCACACAAAAAAGGGGUGAGGCCUGUUUCAGGGUUGAAGACCGUCUGACCCCCUUUCUUGAUUCUAGAGAAUCUCCCCCUUCUUGGGUCAACUUCAUCAGCUCGACCCUUUGGGUGUGUCCAGAAUCUCCCCUUUUCCAAUUGAACUGAUCUGGUCCCCACCCAGCACAGCUGAACCCUGGGAUUUGCUCAAGGUGGUAGACCCAGUGUUUUCAUCCCUGCUGUUCAUCAGCUCCGUGGGGACUUAUUGGCAAGUCUGAGUCAGAAGAGGGAAAGAAGAGGUUAGGAAGGAAAGCAGGUGACAGAGCAGUGCUGGGCUGGCAGGAGCAGAAAGCUGACUUCCAGGCCACUCGUGGCGGCAGUGGCCACUACAGCAGGCAUGCCGUUCUCUCACCCGGGCUUCUGGGCAUGAUUAUGCUUUAAAAUGAGCACCUGAGACAUUCUUCAUGCUUGGCAGCUUCUGUUCUCUUUUCAUGUGGCUUGGUACGUCAUCUGUCAGGAGGUUCAGAACCUGCUUCUUUUCUGUAUGUUGUACUUUUAAUUUUUAAUAUUCUCACAUUCAGGUUGUGUGUUUAGAAAUGGCCUUCACUUUAAUUACUGUGGACUUUGCUAAAUCGCAUCUUUUGGUCAGUGUAAUCAACCAUGAAAUACCCAAAGAGGAGAAUCCAGUUUCCUGUUGUGGUACCUUACAGAUCCACUUGUAUUCUCAGCCCAGUGUUUUACAUAGGUAAUUAGAAGAGCAGGUACCUUACAUACAUUUGUGAAAUAGUCCAAUUUUUUUUUCAGAACACGUGUCUUUAGGUAGCUCCGAUAAAAUGCGAAUGAUUGUUCACCAUCUUGUCAUGUUUUGUGUAUACACUGUGCAGCUGUCCUGAGGUCUAUCUGGUGCUGCGUGGGUCUCCUUCCCACCACUGUCGACAGCCACUGGGAGAGACUGUUCAGUGUUGCAUGUUUUUCCUUUUUAAAAGUUACCUUUGACUUACAGAGUUGGAUAUGUAAAGUCAAAAGUUAAUUUUUCUUAUUUCUUGUGAUCAGAAAUCACAAGAAAUGGUUUUACAUUAAACAUGGUUUUUUUUUGUUCGUUUUAAUCUGAGUCUACUCCAGCAGGGUGUGUUCUGAAAAAGGGAGAGUCUGUAGACUGUCUCCUGAGUGAUGAACCGUGUGGUUCUGAACUUCCCACACAUCUGAAUAAAUGUUCUUAUUCUGGAAUGG